CAAAGCGCUGUUGCUUGCUUCUCUCCACCAUCCAAUGAAUGAUCAGUCGAAUGUCCCUUCAUGGGCGCGCGCCGCCGAGCCUCUCGUUCCCUCUGUCAAUGUCGCCUCUGUGAAGAAGGAGGUGCGCAGCUCCAUCAAGGAGAUUGGGCGCGCCGCCGAUGAGAUGGUGCGGUUGGGCCGGAGGCGCGGAGGGCCGGGCGCGAGCGAGCAGCUGCUCGCGCUGUCGACAGAGACGCGCGAGCGCGCGCGCGCGACGAGCCAGACGCUUCGCGCCGCCUUUGGCGCCGUCGACGACGCCUCUCCCGACCACGCGGCGCUCGUCUCGCUCUCCGAGGAGUUCAAGGCGGCGGUGCUCCGCUUCCAGCAGGAGGCGGAGGCGGCGAGCGGCGCGGCGGCGCCGUCGCAGGCGCCGCAGUCCCAGCCCUCGCUGCAGCCGCUGCCGCCGCUGAAGCCGCUGCCCCAGUUUGCGGGGGAGAUGAGCCCAGCCAUGGACAUUGAGGCGGGCGGAGGCGGCGAGGGCGGCGGCGGGGAGGGGCGGCAGCUGCAGACGCAGCAGCUGCAGGCGCUGCAGACCAACGAGCGAGAGAUGGCCGAGCGCGAGGCGGGGAUCACCAGCAUCCAGCGCGCCGUCAACGAUGUCUCUGAGAUCUUCCAGGACCUGGCGCUGCUGGUCAACGAGCAGGGGACGCAGAUCGACAACAUCCAGACCAACAUCGAGACCGCCGCCGCCAGCACCACCCGCGGCGUCAGGGAGCUCGUGCGAGCGGACGCGUCGCAGCGGCGGCAGCGGAAGCGGACCUGCUGCCUGAUGAUGUGUGUGCUCGUCAUCAUCCUUAUCAUCGUACUCGCAAUCGCAGUCCACUGAGGCCGAGGCGGCGGGCGCAGGGCGGGGGCCGCCCUCCCAGUCCCAUGUUGCGGGGGCGCGCUGCGCUAGACUCAGACCUGUGCUGCGAGGAGGCCUGUGCUGGCGCCGAGGGAGGAGGGGGGGCUGGUCGGGAGGCUGCCGACCCGUCGCGAGGUGCCGCUGUUCCCCCUCGGCCCUCGGCGCCUCUGACACGAGCCUCUGUGUUUGUGGAGAGUUGUGACGGCUGUCGGUACCCGCCACCGUGAUUUAGUCUGUGCCAACGAGUUGCGCGUGUUUGAGUCGAGAGUUGCACCGCCUGGCGCGCGAAACUCGUUAUAGUCUAGGGAGAGAAGUAUAUUGAUUGCAGUGUGCAAGAGCCCGGAAAGGGAAACCCCGAAAAUAACACAUAAGACAUACGAU